AUGUAUCUUGUGACUGUAAAAGCAGAAUUGGUUUCGUGGUUCAACAGAGAGACCCUCCAACCAUACAAAUCGCAAGCUUAUGUCAAGUUUGGCGAGACGAUAUAUAUGGACCGGUUCCUUGAUACCGCAGAUCCAGGCAAGAGGGCUAGGUCAAAGGAGGUACAAACGGAAUUAAACAUGCGGCGUGAACGUCUGCGCUUGCUGACACAAGAUAAGCACGCACCUUUCCCUGGAUCGCUCAAAAACACGCUUGAUUUCUUGUCAAAGCAAGAAACGCUUAUCCUCCCAGAUGUCGAUGAAGAGCUCAUUGCAAACAUCAACGGCGAACAGGAUAUGAUCGAGACUGAAAUUGUCGAAUUCAAGGACACGAUAUCGAAGCUGAAGGAAGAACUGGAGAAUGUUUGGAAAGAUGAUACCUCGGUCGCAUUUGAGCUGACCUCCGUCUUCAUACAUCGUGGCUCAUCACCCUCAUUUGGACACUACUUCUUCUAUUCAAGACAUAUACCGGAACAACCUGAUAAUUGGUUCAAGUACAAUGACCAUCAGGUUACGGAGGUGUCGAAAAACGAGGUCUUGGCUGACACCACAGGGUUGUUUGGAUCGAAGGCUUUUGCCAAACAAACAGCCUGCCCAAGACAGACCCUUCUUCGAUCGAGGAAUCUCGCUGCUCCUUCAAGAUCUCAAUCUGGCGAUCUUUCGCCACUUCACCUGUCCGGCUCUCGUAGUCUUCAACAGAUUCAGGUUUCUCGCCAUGAGACAUAUAGCUUUGAGUGCGUGGCAAGUUUGAGGUCAGGAAUCGAAAGCCGCGGUGUGAGUGACAAAAGCUCUUAA